AUGGCACCAGAAAGAAUGGCUGGCCAGGCUCCUGUCAUCUCAGUGGAGCCCCGGGCCGCAACUGUGCGCCAAGGGGAGUCUGUCAGCCUUAGGUGCCAAGUGAAGACUGGUGCACAGCCAAUCCAGCUGGAGUGGACGAGAGCCAAUAACAACCCAUUACCAGACAAUAGUAAGAUCGGUCCUGAUGGCUCUGUGCUGACUAUUGCUAAUGCCCGACCUGCAAACCAGGGCCAGUACCGCUGUAUGGCAUCCAACUCUGCUGGAAGCAGCACUGCCAGAGCUGCGCUCAACGUCAAAUAUGCUCCUAAAGUGCGGCUGACACCGGCGGGGCCCCUGCGGGUCAGGAUAGGUGACCCUGUGUCAGUGGAGUGUCGCGCCACAGGCAGGCCAAAUCCCAAGCUGACUUGGAAACGGCAAGGCUCCACACUGCAGCUGGUUACCACAGAGACAAAUAAUGUCAACACCAUACAGUGGGCCGUAGUGCGCCCAGAGGACUCAGGGGUUUAUAUUUGCCAGGCUGAGAACAACGAGGGAGUGACGGAAGGUAAAGUUGAAAUCACUGUUGAGGGGGGACCAGGAGCACCAGUGGCUUCAGUGAGCUCUACAGAAAUGACAGCGGUGGAGGGACAAUCAGUCACAAUAGAGUGUCAGGCCAGUGGCUCUCCUCCCCCUGUCAUCACUUGGUCCAAGCUACGAGCACCGCUGCCAUGGAAACACACAGUGGUUGGUGGUGCUUUGACAUUGACCAGUGUGGGGCGCCAGGACUCAGGACAGUACAUCUGUAAUGCAACCAACAUACAUGGCUACAGUGAAGCCUACACCCAGAUGGAGGUGGAGACCCCUCCAUAUGCCACCUGCCUGCCUGACCAGGUAAGACUCAAGCCCGGAGAUGCCCUGCGUCUACAGUGUCUUGCCCACGGCUCUCAUCCCAUCCAGUUCGCGUGGAGCCGGGCAGGCAGGGCAAGCCUGCCUGCAGGAGCAGAGGCCACAAACGAUGGAAGGUUGCUGAUAGCCCGUGUUAAGCUUGGUGACAGUGGAACAUAUAAAUGUGUGGCCACCAACCAUUUUGGCUCCAGCGAGGCUCUGGCUAAAGUCGUCAUAAGAGCUUAAACCAGCAAAAUCACUCUGUGUCACACUGACAAACCAUCUAUGCAGUGCUCACAACCUCUGUAAACCUGGAUUGUAUCUAUCAAUAUGAGCAAACAGUACUGAAAAAACAGAAAAUCAUAUUUAAUAGAUUCAUAUAUUUCAAUGUAUGAAGGUGCAAGAUAUCAGUGCUGUUUAAACUUUUGCUAUUAUUGUUCAUAUGGGGUUAAUUUUGUAUUUUUAUAGAAAAAUGAUACUGUUGCUAUUGUUGCUCAUGUCUCAUGUCUGUCUUCGGAAAGCUUUUCUCUGGAGCUCUGUGCAGACAGACGGCC